CACGUGACCCACCGGGUCACAUGGCUCGUGAGACAACAUGGCUGCGCCCGUACCAGGGCUGGUUUGUGGACGCUACCCUGAGUCGGGUCGCGUCCUCUUGCUGCUGCUGCUCUCGCUGCUGUAUGGAGCGGCAGGGAGCGAGGAGGCCGGGACCAGUGCGGGCGCGGGGUCCCUUGCGGGUUCUUGCGGCUGCGGCACGCCCCAGCGGCCUGGCGUCCAUGGCAGUUCGGGAGCCGCUCACCGAUACUCGCGGGAGGCUAACGCUCCGGGCCCGGUACCCGGAGAGCGGCCGCUCGCGCACUCAAAGAUGGUCCCCAUCCCUGCCGGAGUAUUUACAAUGGGCACAGAUGAUCCUCAGAUAAAGCAGGAUGGGGAAGCACCUGCGAGGAGAGUUACUAUUGAUGCCUUUUACAUGGAUGCCUAUGAAGUCAGUAAUGCUGAAUUUGAGAAGUUUGUGAACUCAACUGACUAUUUGACAGAGGCUGAGAAGUUUGGCGACUCCUUUGUCUUUGAAGGCAUGUUGAGUGAGCAAGUGAAGACCAAUAUUCAACAGGCAGUUGCAGCUGCUCCCUGGUGGUUACCUGUGAAAGGCGCUAACUGGAGACACCCAGAAGGGCCUGACUCUACUAUUCAGCACAGGCCGGAUCAUCCAGUUCUCCAUGUCUCCUGGAAUGAUGCGGUUGCCUACUGCACGUGGGCAGGGAAGCGGCUGCCCACGGAAGCCGAGUGGGAAUACAGCUGUCGGGGAGGCCUGCACAAUAGACUUUUCCCCUGGGGCAACAAACUGCAGCCCAAAGGCCAGCAUUAUGCCAACAUUUGGCAGGGCGAGUUUCCGGUGACCAACACUGGCGAGGACGGCUUCCAAGGAACUGCGCCCGUUGAUGCCUUCCCUCCCAAUGGUUAUGGCUUAUACAACAUAGUGGGGAACGCAUGGGAAUGGACUUCAGACUGGUGGACCGUUCAUCAUUCUGUUGAAGAAACACUUAACCCGUGGGGAGAGAGGCUGCAAAACUUGAGGCCCUCGAAUGAGGCACCUCAAAGAAGAUUGUAGUUGCUUAUCUCACACCUCAGCAAGAAACCAUGGAAAGUUCCCUGAAGGAAGUGAAACAAUUUGGGAUGGAGAAGCUCCAAGAUGAAAGGAUUUGGACAUGUGUCCACCAGCUCAUAUCAAAUGGUUGGCAGGGAAGGACCUUAUAAGGUGUCUAGAGGAGCACAAAUGAGGGAACUCAGGCCAGGAGGGAAAGAAUGGAGCCCAGACUAGACACUGGUUCUCCCAACUACCUGGCCUAAACGGUGGGUUCCCUGGUGAUGCCUUCUGCCUGGGCUCACCCUGUGGAGUCUCUGCAGGUUAUUUUGCAGGCACUUUCUACUUGCAAUCUCUUACAUGUAAGACUUUUUAUUGUGUGCUUUUAGGCCUUGUGAAACUUGUGAACUAUAGAGAGGUUUGUGUGUCUGAAACUAGAAUAGUUGAAUGAUUUAUUUGAAAAACGUUACAGUCUAUGAGUUAGCUCAGAAGGAGCACAUGGCAGAAUGGCUGAGUAUAGUGCUGAAGCCAGACGUCCUGGCCUUCAACCUGGCUCCUCUGCUUACUAGCUGAGUGACCCUGGGCAUACUAUUCAACUUCUCUGUUCCUUAGUUCUUUAGCUGUAAGAUAAGGCCAAUGAGUGGGUAUCCAGACAUUCCUGGUUUAUAUCUGUGCCUGGCACAAGUGUUAAUAGUGCCACCUUUCAGUCUCUAAAGUAUCCUUAUUUGGAUGAUCAGUUAUAUGUCUGCCAUACCAAUAAGAGAAUCUAUAUCAAAAAUUUGUUUGGAAGACUAAAAAUAUAGAAAACAAUACCCAAUUGUAACAUGCUCAGUAAAUAUUAGCUGCUAUUGUUUAUUUAUGUGCUAUUUAUUUUACAAGUAGACUGGUAUUUUAAAUACCCAAUUUCAUGUAUUACUCCAGGAGCAAAAACUGUUACCACAGACUUUGGGAUCUGAAAGUGACUUAUAUUAUUGGAAAAUGAGGAGCUACCAAGGUGUGAGCAAGUGUAAUACAAUUUCAAAAAUUCUCUUCCUUUCUAAUCUGGCAUGGGUGAAACAAGUAGCAUGGAGGAAAUGACUGUUUUCAUUCAUUUCACUAAAAUGGUAAUCACCUCAAUGGCAUGCUGGUUUUACAGAGAAAAUACAGUGGAGGUUGCUAAUUUGGUUCGUGUGUUUUACUGCACUGUUCUUUCCAAUUUGAUCUCUAGUUUUCUUUCUUUGACCUUUCUUUGGGUGUCGCCUUUUCCUCUCGCAGGAGAUGCUAGUUGCAGUCCGUUCUUCAUUUAUCCUUGUCCCUGGAGAUAAAUAAAAUUAAACAUAAUUCAAAAAACUUUAUUUGAAGUAAUGGUUUCAUCUGCUCACUCUUAAAAUAUUUUUUCAUGUUGGACGUUAGGUAAAAUAAAUACAGAUUAUUGGUAUUUUGACUUUAUUUUUCACAAAUAUGUACUUUGGAUAGAGAUGCUGCUGAACCUAGAAGAUCGUCUAUCAGGUUAGGCGGGGGGUGGGAUAAGCUUGCGGGGGCCAUGGUGUGAUGGACGUUGACUCCUGGUUCUCACUUGCUAGCUGUGUGAUCUUGGGGAUGCCAUUUAUUUCAUCUCUCUGAGCUUCAGUAUUUUUCAUCCUUAAAAUGAAAAGAAUGAUACUUCCUGCUCUACAGGGUGAUUAUGAGGAUGAAAUACGAUGAUAAGUAUUCGUAUACUCUCAACAAACGGAUGGUAUGGUAAUUAACAGUUGUCAGUCAUUUUAAAUUCUAGGAUAUUUGGAAAUAGUUCCUUUCUCAAAAGAUGGCUGAGGUGAUUGAAAGAGACUUCUUUUAGGAGGAAGAUGUGCAGAGGCUGUGUCUCUGAUGAUAAAAAUGCUUUGAUGAUGUGGGUUUCAUACAGGAGAAGCUAGUGCUCUUCAUCACAGAGCUAAAUACAGACCUGCCCAGGACCCGGAGAAACUAAAGGAGGAUAUAGGGUCAGUGAGAAACAGCUGUAGCCCCGCCUGGAUCCCUUGUAUCAGUCUUCUGAGAAUAAAAGCACUGUGGCUAUUGCUACUCUUUUGUCUUCCAGAUCGCUCAGUAAAUGUCUUUUGUAGCACACCCUAACCAGAAACAUAAAGGGAAGAGAAUUCUGGGAAAUGAGGUUCAGUCUAGCCAAGGUGACACAUUACCAAACUGGCACAUUAACAGUUAUCCAAUCUAGUUUAAUCUAACACCUUUAAAUUAUUUUAAAACCAACUUCAAAUAAUAUAUACUUUUUUCCCUAGAAAACUUCAGUAUG